AUGAAGUACACCGCGCUCGCCGUGACGGCGGCCGGCCUGGUCGCCGCCGUCGCCGCCGGCCAACCCGACGCAAAGGCCUGGACGCCGGCGACGCAGACAAAGCCGCCCGUCGCGGGCUUCACACUCCGACCGACGCCCGCGGUGCGUCUACCGCGAGCAGGCCUCAACCUACGCAACGACAAUCACAACAACAACAACAACGACAACGACAACGACGACGAUGACGAGGAUGACCGCGCCGGCAAGAUUACACACGGCACCGUCGCGGCGACCGGGAGCAGUAGCGGCUCGUCCACAAACGCACCGCGGCCGUCGAAUACCUGCGGCUGGGACCAGAACGGAGGUGGUUUCUACGCCUGCGCCGACGCGAAAGCAACCUGCCGCUACAGCAACGACGUGGUUGGGUGCUGCACAGGGGACAAUUGCAAAAAGAUUCCCAAAAAGUGCGUCGCGCAGUCCAACAACUGCGACUCGGACGACAAUGGCGGCACGCUAUGCUGCCGCCAGGCUUCGGCCCCGGCAUGCUACACGUGGCUCAUUCCCACGUCGACCGACGGCAAGCAGUCGACGUUUUCCAUGUUUGCCUGCACGGACAAGGCCGGCACCGGUACGCUUCUACCUACGGACCCGGCCAGCGCCAGCACCACCACGACCAGUAGCAGCACCGCCGGCGGUGGCAAGAGCAACAUUGGCGCCAUUGUCGGCGGCGUCAUCGGCGGGCUGCUCGGACUGCUCGCCAUCGCGCUGUUCAUCUGGUACGUGCUGCGACAGCGCCGACGCGGCCGGGCGGAAAACGCAGCGGCCGCCGCCGCCCGCGACGGCGACGAGAAGCCAGCCGCACAGACCUACGCCGACGUCUACGGGGCGGUGCCGCGACGCAAGGCCGUUCCGUCCGGGACCGAGGAGACGCUGCUGCGUGACCGGAGCGUGACGACGAGCAGCGGUGGUGGGUGGAGUGCGGCGGCGCGCGAGGGCACGGCGUCUCCCCAGGAGCACCUCGCGUACUCGGUGUCGAGCGGUAGCACGGCAGGCACGGGCGUCGUGUCUAGUCUGUCGUCCGCGCCGCCGCCGCUCGCGGGGGUGGUGGAGGCGCCGGACACGGCUGUGGCAAAUACGGCCGAUUCGCCGGUCGAGGUGCCGGGCACGACGGUCACGAGGGAGUCGAUGCACAGCCGGGCGGAGCUUGCGUAA